CCAUACUCCCCAUACUAAUACUUCAUAGGGCACAGUACAGGCUUAACUAAUGCUUCUGGCAUAUGACACAGGGAAGCGGUCAGAAAACGUGAGGUGAUAACUAAGGGAUCCCCACUCAUGUCUUUCUCUACAUUCUAGUUUAUUAUCUACUGCAAGAACCAAGGCUAGUUACACACAUCUACCGCCCAGGAUUGACCUGUGGAUCCGUGGAUCUCAACACCCUGUUAGAACCUGUAACUCAUCUCUCACUGUGUAGGAGUGUAUACGUCGUUACUGAAGCUGGACUAAAUUAAUCUGAACAGGACCAUGAUGUCUGAUGAGUACUUGGUAGAAUGCAAAAUAGAUGAUGAUGAAAAUGAGGAUGAUGAAGAGAUGAAGAAUAUCCAUUCCUGUCCAACUCCACCAACACAGUUCACUUCUGCAUCCCAGAACUCCCUCAUCUAUGCUGAAAGUAGGGACCCCUUUGGAGUCAACAGUCAUUUGAAGGUAGAUUUCAGUGAUGUUUUGGCAGAGCCUGCAUCCACACACAGUUAUGAUCGCGUUUGGGUGUACAGUGGCAUUGGGUUUGAGGCCGUGCGGAUCUGGAGCUACCGCUGCCUCACCACGCUGUGUGCUGUCCCUGUCUCUUGCCUCUCGGGCUGCCUCUUCGCCCUGCUGGCCUUUUUGCACAUCUGGUGCGUAAUUCCCUGUGUACAAGUGUGUCACACCUGUUUGCCUUGCGUGAGGUCACUGUGGACGAGUGCUGUGAAUAUCUUCAUAGUGCCACUCUGCACGUCGGUCGCUCGCUGCUGUAGUGGCAUUUACAUAUUACUUUCCCAAGACUGAUACAAACGUGAUGAAAGAAUACACUCCAAAACAUCCCAGCCCUUUGUCUUAUGUAUGUCGAUACUUGAUUAUGAUACAAUAACAAUUAUUAAAUAAAUAUAGAAUCUUAUGGUUUAGAGUUAUUUAGAGUAAUCCUUAAACAUAUGUGUGCCACUUGAAUUAAUGUAUGUGAACUUGUGUAAACUUAAUGUUUUAUACCUGUCAUAUUGUAAACAGCAUUAACACUACUAUCAGCUUCAACUAUAGAAAGAAAAUCACACAACUUGAUAUUUUAUCAACUGUUGUAUGCAAGAAAUACACCCCCAGUUUUAAUUUUGAA